ACUAAUGAGUGUCUGAUUGCUGUGCUCAGUGCUCACCGUGGAGGUACCUCUAUCAAACAGGGUGGUUGGAUAAAGUUAAAAUCCCCCAAGUCACUGAGAGUAGGUGAUACCAGAGGAAUCCAAACCUGUAAACUUAAUAUUCCUCUUCGGCCAACAAGGUUAUCUGCAAUCUCCAACGCAGAUGAUGGAAAGCCUGCUUUAUCUGUCGCUGAGGAACAUAUAAUCACAAGCCAAACUUUACAGAAUGAAGCAGAUACAUGGUUAAGUGGAUGGUCACCCCCAAGGCACUUGUGGAGGGCAUUAUCAGUCUUUAUUCUUGCAGGGCAGGUCAUUAUCAGGAUUUUGAAGGGCAAAGUCCACUGGAAGAAUACACUCCAGCAACUGGAAAGAGUCGGUCCAAAAUCAGUUGGAGUCUGUUUGUUAACUGCUACUUUUGUUGGGAUGGCCUUCGCUAUCCAGUUUGUGAGAGAAUUCACAAGACUAGGAUUAAACAGAUCUAUUGGUGGUGUCUUGGCCCUUGCCUUUGCGAGGGAGUUGAGUCCUGUGAUCACAUCAAUAGUCAUUGCAGGGCGUAUUGGCAGUGCAUUUGCUGCAGAGCUGGGAACUAUGCAAGUGUCAGAGCAAACCGACACACUAAGGGUUCUUGGUGCUAAUCCUGUUGAUUACAUGGUGACCCCGAGAGUGAUUGCUUCAUGUAUUACUCUGCCAUUACUUACUCUACUGUGCUUUACAGUAGGAAUGUCAGCAAGUGCUCUCCUCGCUGAUGGUGUUUACGGGAUCAGCAUAAACAUAAUUUUGGAUUCUGCUCGGAGAGCUCUCUCUUCGUGGGAUAUAAUUAGUGCAAUGCUCAAGUCCCUAGUUUUUGGCUUGAUUAUAUCCAUUGUUAGCUGCGGUUGGGGGAUCACUACUUCAGAGGGUGCCAAAGGUGUUGGAGAAUCAACGACUUCUGCUGUUGUAAUUUCUCUCGUCGGUAUCUUCGUUGCUGAUUUUAUCCUCUCUUAUUUCUUCUUCCAGGGAGCAGGAAAUUCAUUAAGGAACGUUGUCUAAAUCAUGAAAUAUGUAUUCUACUACAAAAUUUGUGGUGUUUUACUUUUGUGAACUAUUUUGAAGAAUCCUGUAAUGCAUUUACAGCUAGAGAGUACAUGACUUCUAUUGGCAUUUAGAGUUA